AUGGUCUUCAAGUCUUACUACCAGUGGGCCAUUGUCGCCCUGGCUGCAACUGCUCAGCUUGGUGCUGCCCAGACUACUACCAGCUGCAACCCUCUCAAGAAGACUUGCUCCGCUGAUACCGGUCUUAACAAGUACCGUCUCAACACUGACUUCACCUCUGGCUCCAUGGGCCGCUGGAACACCACUGCUGGCACCGUGACAACCACCGACCUGGGAGCCAAGUUCACCGUCUCGGAGCAGGGUGACGCCCCUACGAUCGAGAGUGAAUUCUACAUUUUCUUCGGCCAUAUUGAUGUCAAGAUGAGAGCUGCCAAUGGUACUGGCAUUAUCAGUACCUGGAUUCUCGAAUCCGAUGACCUCGAUGAGAUUGACUGGGAGCAAAUUAGUACCUACAGCACCGAGAUCCAAACCGACUACUUUGGCAAGGGAAACACAACCUCCUAUGACCGCGGCACAACCGUAACCGUCACCACACCAGAGGAGACCUUCCACACCUACUCCAUCGACUGGACAAGCGAGCGCAUCGAAUGGCUUCUCGACGGUGAAGUCGUCCGCACCCUUGAGUACUCCGACGCAUUGAACGGCAAGAACUACCCCCAGACCCCCAUGCGCAUCCGCAUCGGUAUCUGGGCCGGUGGUGACCCCGACAACUCCGAAGGCACAAUCGAAUGGGCCGGUGGCGAGACCGAUUACACUGAGGGACCCUUCUCGAUGUACGUUGAGUCUGUCGACAUCAUCAACUACAACCCCGCCCAGGCGUACAAGUACACCGAUAAAACCGGUGCUUAUACUAGCAUCAAGGCUACUAACGGAACUAAUGUUUCUACCAACUUGGCCUCGAGCUCGGGCGUUGCCUCUUCCUCUGCUGAGGCGUCCUCUACUGCCAUGGGAGCUUCUUCUACUGCUGCUUCCUCUUCUUCGUCGGCUUCUUCGGCUGCUUCUUCUGUUAGCUAUGUGUCUGGUGCAUCGGCUUCGUACUACACUUCCGUCUUUGUCAUUGCUGCUGUCUCCCUUGUUGCUGGAUUUGUGCAGUUCUAG